UAAGGCCAAGUAAAAUCAUCAUCGGCUCUGCUCAACCUUUCCUGUAAUCUCAAAAUCACACAAAUCCUAUAUCUAUCUUUGAAUUUGCUUCUUUCAUCUUGCAAGGAUUUCAGAAGACGAGACAACAAGUUUCUAACUUUGAUUCUCUCUAAUUUUAGAAUAAAAAGAUGAAUAUGGAUGAGGAAGAAGUACAAGUUUGGGAUGGAGCAUCGAGAGGAUGUAGCCACACUCACAGCUGUAACCCUCCAGGCCCAGAUGAUGCUUCUCACUCCCACACAUGCUUCCACACUCAUACUCAUCUCAUCAUCCCUGACCAGCAAGAGAAUGAUCAUUCUGACAGCAGCAACAAGAAACGGUCGUGUGGGAACAGAGAGGCAGUGAGGAAGUACAGGGAGAAGAAAAAGGCUCGCACUGCGUACCUUGAAGACGAAGUGAAGAGAUUGCAAACUCUGAAUGAACAUUUGCAUAGGAAGCUUCAGAGCCAAGCAACGGUUGAAACCGAAGUCAUCAGACUCCGGACUCUUCUGGUAGAGAUGCAGGGGAAGAUUGAUGGUGAACUUGGUGGUUUCUCGAAUCAGAAGCAUUGCUUCGGUUCUGGUCUUGUGUUCAAAGAAGAUGGAUGCAGUGUAGCAACAAGUAAUAUAAUAUGUGAAGCGGCAAGAGUGGAGUGCGAGGAAGGCUAAACACUUCAUGAUGCUGCGAUGCACUCCUUUGUUGCCCAUUCACCACCAUUCUCUCACUAAGCUCUUUUACUGAUUGUGGUAUUGUGUCUACAUAUGGGAAUUUUAACUAGGGGCGUAUAGGUUGGAAUCAAAUUAAACAUAGUGAAACAUGUACACAGAUUGUAACGUAUUCCCACAUAUGGUCUACUUUAAGGGUACAAAAAACAUAUUGAUGUGAAAUUGAUUUGAAAUGAAGAGGAGGGGGAGGGGAGGAUUGUGGUUGUAUCAUGUAUGUAUGAUGAUGAUUGUGGGCUUAGA